CUCUAGUCAAUCGAAGGAGAAGAGAAAGCUUAACAACAAAUUAGGUGGCUGCAUUUUGUUUUGAUUUUAUUAGGUCCUAGUAUUUAUCCCUUUCGUCUUAAAGUUUUAUGAUAACUCUCCUUAAAUUAUUUUAAUGCAGUCACUCAGAUAAGUUUAUACCAGGACACUUCAACAAAUACACAUACUCUGCCCACAAUAAGGGGCCAUAAUUGUUUCAAUUAUGUAAUGUAUAGAAUUAUUAUUAUUAUUAUAUUCCAAUACAGUCUUAACAUGUAGAAGAACUAAAGCAACUGGUGUGAUGGGUUUCCUUGUUGCCAGGAGAGUUCAAUUUCCCAGUGAAUGGGAGAACAGCAGCAAGAGACCUUCAAACCUUGAACCUGAGGACUACUCGAGAUGGAAGUACCUUAUGGUGGCAAUGUGGUACCUGAUGUGUUUCUGGUUUUUUGUUGUGUUCCCAUUUGUAUUGGUUACGUGGGUCUCGGUACCUAACGAACUGACAGUAGUAUGGAGUGCUACUAUUCAGCAGCAGGGCAUGAUUGGGGCUGGCUUUGCUCAUGAAGCUAUUGAUUUCUUGGUUCCUCUAUCUAGCCAUGUCUAUGUUGGUUGGGUUAACGAGAGAGCACUAAACCCCUUCAAAGCUGAGGAUAGUGCAUUUCACGACUUAAAGACUUCUGAUCAGCUUGUUUUGAGAACUAUAUAUAACCAGGGAUUAGAGAUAAGACGGUACAAUAACCAGAUACUAAUGCUACAGUUUCAACCUUCCUAUUACGAGAGAUUUCUCAGCGAAUAUUACAACUUCAAGAAGUACAAAUAUAAAAUCGGGAGGUGUAUGUUCGAGACAACUUCAGUGCCCCAAGGUUGGGUACGCAUGAUAAACAAAUAUCUAGACGAGGUCUGGGUUCCGAGCAAGUUUCAGAAAGCUGUUUUCUUAAAAGAGGGGGUUAAGAAGCGUAUUGUCGUUAUAAAGGAGGGAUUUGAUCCUGAAGUUUAUGACAGAAAGUCUGCUUCAAUAAACAAGACAAAGUUCUUCAAGCACUGUGCUCACGACUUUGUUUUCAUUGCUUCCUCCAAAUGGGAGGACAGAAAAGGGUGGGAUGUGUUGUUGGAAGCCUUUACAGAGGAGUUCUCCGGUUUAGACCAGGUCUGUCUCGCCAUCAGAUCUACUGGUCUUAAAGACGAGCUGGACUCCUUACAUAACCCUAACCAUGCUAGGAUCAUUAAAUUAGACAGGAUUCCUGCUCAAGAUUACCCCUCGUACUACGCGAGUGCUGAUGCGUUUGUGCUCUCAACACAUGGCGAAGGUUGGGGUCGUACCCCGAUGGAGGCCAUGGCUAUGGGUCUCCCUACAAUUGCUAGCAAAUGGAGUGGGCUCACUGAGUUUAUCUCUGCUGAAUACGCAAUUCCUAUUAAUAUAUCAGAGGUGGAGCCGGCCUUCCCUCACGAGCAGGACAAAUUAGGGGAGAAAGAGAAAGUAAAGGAACCCCACCCCUGA